CAUUUGGCAGCUGCUCAGUCCCACCUCAGUGGUUAAGAAUAAAUGACCCAGAACUGGGAGAGUUGAUUAUCAACACAGUGAGGGGAGAGUUUCAAAGAGCAAGAAAGGGGAGUGUUAAUCACAUGGAAAAGGGGUGAAAGGAAAUUGGCAGGGUGACUUUCAACUUUCAACAGUCACCCUGGUAGACUGUGAUAAGGGACCAAGAAGCACUACCUGCUUUCUGAUGAAGACCAGAACAUCUGGCAUCACCAGUCUGCCUUGGACCUUCCUCAGAGCCAAGCUUCUCACCAAUGAUUAGCAAACCAUCUAACUUAAGGGUCAAAUGGAUCUUCCUUGAAUGUUUUCCUACUGAGAGCAGCCAGGGGAAGAAAACUGAAAACACAGAAAGGCUUAACAGCAGGAUGGAAGAAGGCAAAAGGAAACAAAUGCAGAGUCAAUAAAAUCAGAAACAGAAGUAGAGAGGGAACCCAGGAGAAAAGAGAGGUACCCUCAAAAUCAAAACUCAGAGGGAGCAAGAGGAGAUAGAAGGAAAAACUGAUUUAUUGCUGAGAAACAUUUCUCUUUUAAGAGCUUUAGACCAAGAAGUCAAGCGUGCGGAGGAGGAUGGGAAAGAGGCAGCGGAUUCCCACUGUGUAAUGGAGGAGCAGGAGUCCAGCCAGAUGGGGGUCCCCACCCGUGUCCUGAUGGCCUCUGGCCUGGCUUGCUUCACCCAGCUUCCUGGAGCAAGAUGUGAAGAGAGUUGUGUCAGUCCUGAACACUGCCUGACCACAGAUUGGGUACAUCUGUGGUAUAUAUGGUUGCUGGUGGUAGUUGGUGUCCUGCUUCUGCUCUGCGGCCUGACUUCGGUGUGCUUCCGCUGCUGUCUGGUUCGCCAGCAAACUGGGGCAGAUGAAAGUCAGCCACCCUACGAAGUGACCGUCAUUGCUUUUGACCAUGACAGCACUCUCCAGAACACUAUCACUUCCCUGCAGUCCAGGUUUGGCUCUGCAGCUCGGAGAAUUCUGGCGGUGACUCAUUCCCACAGCUCCCUCGGCCAGCCGCCCUCCUCGGUGGACACCCUCCCAGGCUAUGAUGAAGCUCUUCACAUGAGUCGCUUCACUGUGGCCAGGUGUGGACAGAAAGGACCUGAGUUAUCCCCAGUGCCUGAGGAAAAGCAGCUGCCUCCAGUGGAGAAGGAAUCUGCUGGAGUAGAGUACCCUUCACUGUGAUGGGGAUUUUGAUCUGUAGAUGGGGCCAAGGUUUCCUUGGAGUCUAUAGGGAUCCUCGGAUUAACUCCCAGAAGCUUUAGCAUGGCAUCUAAACCUCAUUCCGUGGAAAAGAUGGGUACUAAGUCUUCAUGCUUGACCACAAAUCUUUUCAGAUAUGGAGUGCUCUUAUCAGGAACUCUGAUUCCUUAUCCAAUGGUCAAAAUUCACUGUGUUGAUUACUAACAAACCAGGAGAGCAUCGAGUGUCCUGAAUUCCUUCAAUCAUUCAGGGCAUAUAAAAUUCCUUCACAACAUGAUACUGAAAGUUGGUUUUUCUUUCUACUAACUAAUAGAUUGUGCCAAGCUUGAGGAGAAAGAAACUGUAAGCACAGCCAUGGUCAUUAAUGCACUGAACUCAGGGAGCUUUUCUCCUGAAAGAAUAACCAAUUUUACAAUGGUUGAAAUAAUCAUCUUUAAUAUGGUGAAAUAGCCUUGUGGUAAUAUAGAAUCCAAGGGUGGGAUUUCUGGUGUAGGAUAAGACAACACAGUAUAGUAUGUGUCAGAUAUCAAAAUCUGUCUUUCACUGCAGUUCAACCCCCCAGAAAUAUGAAAAGCUAUUCAGAGUGCAGUAACAGCACUGUUACUUCUUCACUUCCUCUGCCCUACAAAUACACAAGCAAGCAUGUGUGCAAGAAUAUAUGUACCCUUUUUAAACUCUAAAACAAUUGCGUUGCUUUACUUCUUUCCUCCUUCCUGCUUCCACCACGUAAAGCCAGAGCGUGUCCACAGUUACUCACACUGGCUCACUGCCACCUUGUGGAGCUAGGGUAGAAAAUGCACUCUCUCCUCUGGGCCCAUCUAUAUAUCUCUCCGUUCUUGGAGUACGAAGUGGUCAACUAAGCAUGGCUGAGAUCCUACCCCUGGCACCAUCCUGAUGAGUAGGCUGCGCUAGCAACAUAACACACUUCCCCUCAAAGUACAGUUAUUGCAAAAUCAAGGCGGGGAAAAACGACGUGUCUACAUAUAGAGAAGUUACUGAAAUCUUGAAAGCACAGUUUUCUCACCUGUAAAAUAAGGACUAAAGACACCUCACAGGUUUUGUUGUGAGAACAAA